UUCACACCAAAUUACGAAUAAUUGUAAGAGGAAAUGGCUCAAGAGAGCAAAAAUGCAUUCGCCUAAAGAGUGCCGUUGUGAGUACACAACGAUGUAAUCGGAAUGACAGGAUACACUGACCGGGCAAGCAAAUAAUUUGCCAUACAGUGCGGCAGUCACUGGUUAAAAUUGCAACAGUAGUCUAGAUACCGUUAUUGCGGAUGUCCACGAAGUGACUUAAAAUUGUGUUAUUUAUAUACAUACAUAUGUACACACAAUUUAAGUCUGGAUAUCAAAAAUUACAAGAACACAGUUGCAUGCGAAUGAUAAAAUCGUUUAGGAAAUUAAUUUUUAAACCAAAGUUGUGAUUAUUUUGUUGUAUUUUGUGCUGUGAUUGCGCGUAGUGCAAGCAAGUGAAAGAUUUUCGCAUAGUAAAAUAAAAAAUAAAAAUAAAUAAAUAAAAUCCAAAUAUCGAUUCUCCGCAAAAAUAUGACAUUCGUGCAACCGUUUGUGUUCUUCCGUGAUGGCCGGUAGCAAGUACAGCAACAACUAUGUAUACCACACAGUGGUUUUAUGUGUGCGUAAGACACAUUGAAAAAUCGAAACAGCAAGCAUUGAAGCACUGGGCAAAUUGGAUUGGAUAUGAUUUGCAAGUGAAUCUAGAAAUCAGCGCUUAAGAACCCAAAAUCAUUUCGUAUUUCAACACAUUAUAAGCAACACACACAUUCGGACACCGUCUUCAAUUUCGUUAUUAUGGAUUGGAGUUGGGCCAUUGCUGGUGUCAACGAUGAAAUACCACGUACAGCGGGCCCCGAAUGCAUUAAUUAUAUGACGAAUCGCCGUCGAUGGAUCGAAUCGGUAGUACUUAGUCUAAUCUUCAUCUAUUUAAUAUACUGGGCAGCGAAACGUAUGGACCCGAUUAUAGUGCCACCGCCAAAGGAAAUAAAUAAGCCACACUCUGCCAUAAGAUUAAUGCUAUUAAUAUUGAUGACUUUUAUAUUUGGUGUGGAAAUGGGUUUUAAAUUUGCAAAUCAAAAUAUGAUAUACGUCCUGAAUCCAUGCCAUAUUCAAACUUUGGUGCAGAUCUAUCUUUUGGCAGCGAAACCUAGUAAAACUACGAUAGCAUUAUUCAGAAUACAAAUGAAUAAUUUAAAUGGUCCCUUUUUGGCGUUUCUGUUUCCGGAAGUGGAAUGUCGCACACUUCAUUUUGAGCAAGCGACCUAUUGGAUUCAGCAUGCCCUAUUAUAUCUGAUUCCCGUGUAUAUAUUAAAAAGUGGUGCCUAUCAAAUUGAGCACAUCCACGACUACAAUUGGACUACUAUCGGCACUGCGACAAUGCUGCUCUAUCAUUUUGCCUUUUUAAGUACUUUCUCAAUGUACACCGGCAUCAAUCUCAGUCAUAUGCUCUGUGCCGCUCUAUCAGAUCCCUUUCAGGGGCAAAAUUAUCGAAUUGCAGCUACGAUGCAUGAAAUACUUUUGUGUCCCAUACUUAACAAAGGAACUGUAAUUAUGUUUAGCAAGCCAACACCGGUCUUCAGUGCUAAAAAAGUGAAACCCGGCUUAGAGUUGCGUAUCAAUAAGCUCAUCAACGCCGAUAGACGUGUCUCGACCGACGAAGCGUUGCUUAGUUCGCACCUGCGCAGUAAACGCGAGCUCUUAUCAAAAUCGGUACCAACGACACCUUCCUCCCUAACACAAGUUUCAAAUAAUUCACCGCUGAAUGAAAUAUCUUUAGUUGCCGAAAUGGCGGCAGCAGUGGCAGCUGGUACCGGUCCUGUUACGGUUAUGCGAAGUUUAAAACGAAAUUCCAUUAGCGUAAUAAACUCUGAAAAUGCGACUAAAGAAGUAAGACAUGAUGAUCAUAGGAGGAUGGGGGAAUUAAAAAGUAGUGAAUGCGCGAAAGCCACAAUUGCCACAAAUGAUGAGUACACAAUGCCAACAAAAAUUGACUAGUAUCCAACGAAAAUAUGUGAUAGUUGUUGGUGGAUUCACAAAAUUUCCAUUUCAUGCUCAUAGUAAAGAUACAUGCGUUAAUAUUGGAAAAGCAAUAAAAAAAAGUGCGAUUAAUUCGGAAGGUCAAUUGUAUUUGAGACUAAACAGCAAGAAAAGCAAGCGGUCAUGCUUUAAUGUACCUGAGUAUUCCGGCAGUUGGAAGUGUAGCAAAAUUCAAAUUCAAAGCAAAAAUUCAAAAAUAUGAUGGCAAUAAAACUUAACUUUUUACAUAUACGGCUGUAAAGUAUAUAAAUACGUAAAUAGAAAGCAAAAUUAGGAGGAAUGUAAAUAGGAAACAGUAUCUUCUCUCAUGCCAUACUCUAUACACAUACGUACAUAUGUAUUUUAUUUAUAACUUUAAAUGUUAAAUUAAACCAUCGGAGCUGGAUUGUGCGGCAAGAUUUUAGUUAUUUUAUAUAAUAAUAUCUUCAAAAGAGAAAUAUAUACUUUAAUAUAAGAUAAGUUUAUUGUUUGAACCGAUGAAACUGAGGUUGCUUUAAUUGAAAAGUUAAUAGUUAUUCCAACUACGCGGAAAGUAAAAAAAUAAAAAUUUACUUCGCAUACAAAAUUUUGCAUGCAGCUUCAAAGACGCAUUGCAUAUAAAACAAAAUUAACAAAUUUGUAUAUAGUACAAUUAGGGUUCUUUAGAAAAUGUAAAACUAUAUGAGAAGGAAAACCAGAUAAAUCAAAUCCUACAAACUUUAAUGCUCAUAAAUUUUUAUUCUGAAUAACCGUUGCUACGUCGUUAGGAAGAUUUAAUUAUAUGCUAAUAUAUAACUGCUUACACAUAUUACAUACUUACAUACACAUGUAUACUGCUAAGUAAUCUUGUAUCAAUUUUUCUUGCCAAUUAUUAAAAAAAAAAACAACAACUAUGUAGUAUAAAAUGGGCUGCUGUCGAAAUUCUGUCUGUACAAAAUUCUAAAAACAAAAUUCUGCUUUUUAAAAUUCUGCUUUUUUAAAAUUCUGCUUUUUUAAAAUUCUGCUUUCUAAAAUUCUGCUUUCAAAAUUCUGUAUUACAAAAUUCUGUAUUAAAAUACAAUGUUAAAGAGGUAAUGUAAUUAUUUAAUUUAUUAUUAUUAUUUUUUUUUAUUAUUAUUCGAGAUAUUAAAUGAAAAAUAAUAAUAAUAAUUUUUUCUUCAGUUUCGAUAGAAUCCACAGUAUUUUUGCGUAGAACUUCUUUUCGCGUGGGCGGCCUUCGGCCACGCUUUAAGGGGGGAAGCUGGU